AUGGACUGGUAUGACCCCGGGGAGGACACAUACACAUUGAUGGAUGUAAUGGAGAAGGAGGACUUAGAGAUGAAAAUUGUUUUAGAUCUAGGAACCUCCACAGGCAUAUUAACAGAAUGCUUGAAGAAGAAGAAUACUGUUGUAUCAUCUGACCUUAACAUCAAAGCUCUUCAAAACCAUAACGGAGGGAAUCUGGUGAGGGCAAAUCUAUUGGAUAGCAUCAACCAGCAGUCUGUGGAUGUUGUUGUAUUCAACCCUCCAUACGUUCCCGACACAGACGAUCCCAUCAUAGGCGGAGGGCACCUAGGAAGAAAAGUUAUUGAUAGAUUUGUCAGCCUUGUUAAUAUCAAGGUUGUAUAUCUUCUUGUGAUCGAAGCAAACAGGCCAAAAGAGGUGCUUCGAUUAUUUGAUAACAGAGGAUAUAGAACUAAGAUCCUUAAGGUGAGAAAGAUUUUAGGUGAAACAAUUUAUAUAAUUAAAGGAGAAAAGAGCUAG